CGAUUUAUGGAAACAUUGGCUCAAAGACGAGAUGUCAACUCUCUUACAGUUGUUACUCCAGAAAGGAAAGGGGAAGAGAGUAAAGAGACCGAACCAACUGCUACUAGUUUUCCUGUUCAGUCUUCACUGCCCUCACUGGAAGAACAAGUGACGGACAAAGCAUGGCAAGAAACAACGUCCUCGAACUGUACAGACGGACAAAGUGAAGAAGGCACGAGAGAAGAUAAGAAACAGUCAGACACUCAUGGCGACCCAAAGCAGGCUUUAGAUGAACUCAAACUAAAAAAUCUUAUGAAAAACUUUGACGAAGAGUGGUCAAGAUUAUUACAAAAUGGUUCUUUUUCAAGUGAAGAGACCUCCUCACCAAGUGAAGAACCGGUAGUCGAUUUUUGUAGCUGUGCUCUGGAAUAUUAUUAUAUACUUCGACAAGGCUGGCUUUAUAUUACCCCCAAGUUUUUGUGUUUUACUGCUGGUAUUCUCGGUGGUUGGGGUUCUCGGUUAGUCAGAGUUUUUGCCUUUGCAGAUAUCACUGCCAUCAGAAAGAGAACUUAUCUUUCUUUUGAUACCGCGAUUGAGAUCGAAUUACAGGGAACUCCCUAUUUAUUUGCUACCUUUCUUAAGAGAGAGAAGACAUAUGAAACUUUGUAUCGAUAUUGGAUGAACAUAAUGGCAGUAAGAGCCUUUGAAGACCGCCUUCCAGCAAGAGUAAGAGACCCACAAAGUGCACAUAGUCACGGAGACAGCACAGGAUAUCCAGAAUCUCCCAAAUCACUUACUACAAGUUCCUCGCUUACAAUGGAGCCUUACCACAAAGUUGCUGAAGAGACCAAUCACGACAUUCAGAAACCGGUAUCUAUAAAAACAAGUGAAAGGGACACAGCUGCUCGAGAUAAUUUAGCUACAGGAAAAGAGGAAGGUAUACCGAGGCCUGCAGACAAAGGUCAUUUGAUAAAUAUCGGUCAUCAUUCCUUUGCAAUAUCUGUUGAACAACUGUUUCAGUUAGCAUUUUCAGAUACUUCUGUCGCAACUUACGACUUUCAGAAAAGAUUGGGUAAUACGGAUAUUCAUGUUUCGAAGUGGAAGUUGGAUCCCAAUGAAAAGAAUGACUCGAAGCUUUCAAAGUCACAGAAAAAGAAACUCCAUAAUGGAGAAGCUCUCUUUCAAUUGCAGUCGGAUGUGACUUACACUCGUUCGAUUCGUUACAUGAAAACUAUUUGGGCAGGUUUGAUGACUUGGAAAACUAAAGUAGUGGAAAUGCAGUGGUGUAAAGUAACUUCAGAAAAAGGAAUUGUUGUUGGUUUAGAUAUCGAAACAACCAUAAAAACACUUCAUAACCCGAAUUCGGAGUCCUUUUUUGUGUAUCAACGUGACUUUAUUCGUGCCAAAGCACAAGGUGGAUGUGAGCUGAUUCGAGAAUUUUCUGUUAUCUUUUUGCAAAAAACGAUGUUUAAAGGUGUUAUUCUUAGAGAAACAGAGAAACAGUGUCGAGCAGGGUUUGAAUUGUUUAUGGAUACCAUUCGUUUGUUGCUUGGCAAAAAUACGGAUGCGAAAGCAAAGAGAGAAGAGCAAUUGGAGAGAAACCAGUUACGGAGUUUGUGCUCAUCUUGUUUCAUGUUGUUGAGUUGGAAAAAUGUUUGUCUAUUUCUCAUUUUUGUUAUUUUAUUUAUUUUGUUUUUGUGGCAUCAAUCGGAAAAGAAANGAGUAUUUAUGGAAUCAAAGGCAAUUAUUGCGUGCUAUUGAAAAGGAACUAGACACAUUGGAACAAAUGAUCGAUCGGUUGGAA